CAUGGCGAGCAAGGCGGAGCCUCACCUGCGUGCACCGUAUGCUUGCAGAGUUUCAGACGCGAUGCUGGACAAGGUACCGUGCCUCUGGCGCUUCUGUCUCUUGUUUAUGCUUCAUCUCCCCUUGUCCAUUUACUUCAGUGUAGGCCCAUUGUUCAGUACAUAUUAUCUCUCUGGGCCAACAGCGAUAUAACAAUACUCGGUGGAGCCCAGCCCGCAACACCCGUCUGGUACGGUUAUAAUUAUCUUUCCGUAGUCCCGGCACAUACAUUCAACACAUACUACGUACUGUUACCGACGCGAUCGACCGUGCAGCGCAUCACUAUGGACGCAGACAGACGACUCGCCAAAGCUCUCGAGGCCGUCAACGACGCUCUCCAACAUCUUUCAAUAACAGCCGACUUAGCAAGUUUAGACUGCACACAUAUCGACCGACUUCUUGGGCGAGUAGUCGAUCUACCAACCGAGGGAAAUCAAAGGAACAGCAGGCGAAACUUGCUUGUCAUCCGACAGUGGAUGAUUAGUGAAGGCCCCGGCGUCGUGCUUCUCGAAGUCCUGGGUCAGUUAUAUUGGCGGUUGGGCGAGCUCAAUAGCAACCAGUUCGAAAAGUUCAAAGCGGCACUUCAGCAACGACAGCCAUACGUAACUUUGCUGAAAGAUGCGAACGCAGUAGCGCUGGUGAUUCAGCGCAUUCGAUACAUUCAGAGAUCAAAGGCGGACGCUUGUCAAGACUUUCUGUCUGAGUUGUCGGAUCUUAUCGGCGCUAAAGUCGAUUCACCAAUGCUAACUGUAGAAGCUUUACAGAUAUGCUCACGUAGUCCGACGCGAUCUGUCCAUUCUCGUGACAGCAUAUCUUCACAGGAGACGGGACCCGCAAGUCUCAUCAAGUAUUUUCCACCAAGCAUGGUCCCCGCUGCUGGAGACAUGGAAAACUUCCUCAUCGACUUCUAUGUCAGGGGUAUCUGCCCGGGUCGCACCGUUGCAUCGCAGACGAAUGUGUAUACGUUGUUAUUAGAGGUUGCGGAUACUUGCUUGAGCACACGCUUCGCCAUCCUCAGUCUCUCAGCAUCAUACCUCUGCGAACAGAUGCCGAAAGAUAAGGAUACCUAUCACCAAGCGGAACUGUAUUACUCUACGCAAGCAUUUCAAGCUCUAGCAUCACAAAUUAACGAUAGGCAUCACUAUGACGGUGCCCUGGCUACUAGCAUGUUACUGAUGCAUCACGGCUUGAUAAACCAAGAUGACUCUCAUCUAUGCUGGUCUUGCCACGCCAACGUACUCGAUGCAAUUCCGCCAGAAGUCAUCAACCAUCACUCUGACCCCAUCAUGUUCCUGCACGCUCAGCUCAUCUUAGCAUGCACGGCACAAACCUCUCGUCAAUUGAGCAACACGCGGCAACAUGCAUUCGAGACGACAAGCUGGUUAGACGGCAUGUCGCCAAGCGAGUCUUCGAAGAUUUCGACGACCCUUGGGGUCUCGCCUCAGCUACUAUUCUUCGUAUCGUCCACAACUUCACUUCCGACGGGACCUUACAGAAUGAACAAACUCAUGUACGCACAAGCACAAGAGCAACAACUUCAAGAACUAAAGCAGUGGAGUUCAGAGCCAGAUGGGCCGGAGAAAGAAAUUCUCCUCGCUACAGCAGAGGCUUUCCGCCUCGCCGCGCUCAUCUACUUGCGCUGUCGCGUCUACGGGUUCACAAGAUUUCACUACUCCAUCCUCGAGCUCUCCGACGCACUCCAUACUCUCCUCCUUUCGCUACCGGUGAAAGGCCCACUAUAUACCGCCAUCUACCCCGUCUGGCCCUUCUUCGUUGCUGCAGUCACUGCAAACUCAGACAAACGCGACCGCCUAUACCAGCGUGUCGUACCAAUACGAGAGGGCGACAAGAACACACUCCCACCCGUGCUCAGGCGUAUCAGCGGUAUGCGCACCUGGCUUGCAAACCAGGACACGGCAUGCCAGCGCGACGACGGCUGGUGGGACGAAAUGCUUAAUCCCAGUUCUAGCACCAUGGCAUUGAGCCCGCAUCUGCUGUGCUUGGGUUGAGUAGCUGCCACACCUGCCACGAUUAGUCCGUCGCACUUUUCAAGACCCUAAAGCUACCUUUUCUUCCAUUUUAAAUAUCGCUGUCAAGAUCUCAUCUCUUUCUGAUCUCUUACCUUAAAUAUCCUAAUCGGGUGCAUCUUAGCGAGUCAUCAUCGUCCUGUCAUUUUGGCACAUCUUAAGCAUUUCUGGGAAU